AUGUUCUUGCCUCCAGAUGCAAACACAAAAGAGAGAAGGAGAUUUGAUCUGGACGACCUGCGGGUUUAUUACCUAAUAUGCGAGGAGCUUGGGAUAUCCGAGGAAGAGCACAUACAGAAGUCCUUCUACUACCUCAUGAAGUGGGCAGGCCAGGACAAAUUUGGCGGAGAAGUGGGGCUUCUUAGGAGCUACAUACUGAGAAUCAGGAAGGAGCGGCAGAGCAGGUCCGAUGAAUUGGAUAUACUGAGGAUGUAA